AUGCGACUCUUGAGAUGGAGCAGUCAGAACGAGCUCAGCCUGACCGAUGAUCUAGACAAGAACAUUCCUCCCUAUGCGAUCCUCUCCCACACCUGGGGUUUAGACCGCAACGAAGUCACCUUCGCCGAUAUACAGAAGAGUCAAGGUCAAAGCAAGGCGGGAUAUGCGAAGAUUCGAUUUUGUGGAGAACAAGCGAGAAAAGACGGGAUCGAGUACUUCUGGGUGGAUACAUGUUGUAUCAACAAAGACAACCACGUUGAGCUGUCGAAAGCCAUCACAUUGAUGUUUAGUUGGUAUCGUGAUGCGAAAAAGUGCUAUGUCUAUCUUUCCGAUGUAUCAGUGCGUAAGGGUGACAACAUCGGUGAAGUGCAGAGCAUGUGGGAAUCAAGCUUGCGAAUCAGCCGAUGGUUUACACGAGGCUGGACGCUGCAAGAGCUUCUGGCCCCUGCUAUUGUCGAAUUCUUCUCGCAGGAAGAAGACUUCAUAGGGACAAAGCAGACGCUGGCACAGCUGAUCCACGAGGUCACGACCCUUCCUCUCGCUGCUCUGUGUGGCACACCUCUCGCUCAAUUUCCGAUCGACGAAAAAAUACGUUGGACGAAAAAGCGCCAGACUAGGGAGACAGAGGACGGAGCAUAUUGUCUACUCGGAAUUUUCAACGUGUUUAUGCCGCUUAUCUAUGGCGAGGGCGACAAUGCGUUCCGCCGGCUCAAGGAGGAGAUUAACAAGCAGUGUGGCAGUAAUAUCGCUGGCCGUCUUGGUGUUAUUGAUGAGGUCAGAUCACUGGGAUUGUGCCGGAGACUGGCGCCGCUCAAUGAUGUCGAUGACUUCAUUGGGCGAGCCGCCGACGUCGGUCAGACGGCACAAGUUUCACGAUUAGGCGAGCCGAGGCCUGCAAAACGUGUCAGGACAUCGUAUGAUGUGAACGUCUCGGGGCCGAGUAACAGUCGUUCGUAUGGCAACACAACUAUAUCGCAUAUGGAAAUCAUGGGUGGCCACAUCCAGCAGUCAGGUCAGGGUUCUGAACACAAUUCAAUGAUGAUCAGCGAAGACAAGUACAAUUUCCUCCUCAAGUCCCUCCUAUUCGAUCGAAUCGACUUUCGUGUCAACAACGUCAAGAAAGCACUGUUGUCAACCUGCCAGUGGCUCUUUCGUCAUCCGCAUUUUCGGACAUGGUAUGAAAAUGGCUGCUUAGCUCAACACAGCGGCUUUCUGUGGAUCAAGGGCAAACCUGGCUGCGGCAAGUCGACACUCAUGAAGACUCUUUUUGAAUGGCUUCGUAGGCGAAAGAGCAAGGACCGUGUCCAGCAAACCAUCGUCCCUUACUUCUUCAAUGCCCGAGCUUCGGCUUCUCUUGAGAAGUCAAGUUUAGGUUUGUACCGUACAGUUGUGCAUCACCUUCUGUCUUCGUAUCCAAGCAUCCGAACUCUAUUUGCAGAAAAAUUUGCUUUAAAAGACCCAGGACAAUUGGGGGAGAACUGGUCUGUGGAAGAACUGCAAGAAUUUCUCUAUGAUACUAUCGAGUCGAACGAGUCGUCCGGACUGUGCCUGUUGAUCGACGCACUCGACGAGGCCGAGUAUGAGGAUGAUGUCCGACAAAUGAUCAGCUUUUUACAACAACUUUUUGACCGAGCAUUAGCCCUUGGCAGCUCUUGCAAACUCCACAUCUGCCUUUCGAGUCGUCACUAUCCUCACAUCAGCAUUACUAGAGGACUUUCCUUGGUGGUCGAAGAUCAACUUGAGCACGGUCAGGAUAUUGAUAACUACAUCACAAAGGAACUAACGUGCCUUGAUGGUCCUGAAAAGGGCGACCUUCGAGCCGAGAUUCUGAACAAAUCAGCUCGGAUCUUUCUUUGGGUCGUCCUUGUCGUGCAGAUAUUGAACAAACUCGAUGACCGUGGAGUACCUUUAUCGGAAAUGAAAGCUCGGCUCAAAACCAUUCCAGCAGGUCUCAACGAGCUAUUUCAAGGGAUCUUGCUGAAGAGUGACGACGGGAUCGAAACCAGCAUGCUUUUCUUUCAGUGGAUGGUUUUCCGCAUGCGUCCACUUCAGCCGGCAGAACUAUUUGUUGCAAUGGAAUACUCUAAAUCGCCGGAUAACCCGAUACGCACUUUACCUACCGAGAUCUCUGUGCCUGCGCCCGAUCGCCUUGCCAGAUUUGUCCUCAACUGUUCACGUGGUCUUGUUGAAGCUGUCGAAGUUGCCCCGUCACAAGCGGCAACGGUCCAAUUCAUACAUGAGACAGUUCGCGAAUUCCUACUCAAAGAGAAUGGCUUGGCAUCAAUAUCCCGAGCUCUGGCCACGAAUUCACAAGACCAAUGCCUCCUUGGAGACAUAUUCAGAUCUGAAAUGCGCCUGAAACUGCCCUUUCUCGACUAUGCGAUUUCAUAUCUUUUCGACCACGCUGAACAAGCACAGCAGCAUAGUAUCUCUCAGCUAGCUUUCUUGAAAAAUCAAAUCGACGCGAACGGUCUCUGGUUGGACUUACACAGACUCUGGUGGAAUGUCCUCGAGCGUUACAAAUCUAAGAAGGUCACGUCCGGCGUGACUUUAAUCUACUUCAUUGCGGAACAACAAUACUCAAAUUUACUAUCAGUAUUACUUAGCGUAUCGAAACCUGUUAAUACAAUUUGCGGAACCUACGGGUCUGUCUUACAGGUGUCAUCAUAUCAUGGCUCUCGAGAGAUCGUACAGAUGCUGUUAGAUAAGGGCGCCUACGUUAACGCUCAAGGAGGACGCUACGGAAAUGCACUACAGGCGGCAUCAGGCCGUGGCCACGAGAAGGUGGUGCAGACACUACUGGACCAAGGUGCCGAUGUCCACGCUCAAGGAGGACACUACAAUAAUGCACUAUAUGCGGCAUCAGUAUGUGGCCAUGAGAAGGUGGUGCAGACACUACUGGACCGAGGUGCUGAUGUCAACGCUCGAGGACGCUACAGUAACGCACUACAGGCGGCAUUAGAGUGUGGCCACGAGAAGAGUGGCCACGAGAAGGUGGUGCAGACACUACUGGACCGAGGUGCUGAUGUCAACGCUCAAGGAGGACGCUACGGUAAUGCACUAUAUGCGGCAUCAGACUAUGGCCACGAGAAGGUGGUGCAGACACUACUGGACCGAGGUGCCGAUGUCAACGCUCAAGGAGGAUACUAUGGUAACGCACUACAGGCGGCAUCAGUAUAUAGCCACGAGAAGGUGGUGCAGACACUACUGGACCGAGGUGCUGAUGUUAACACUCAAGGAGGACAGUACGGUAAUGCACUACAGGCGGCAUUAGAGUGUGGCCACGAGAAGGUGGACCGUAUUCUUGGUCUGGGCAGGACUGGGGUUACGGUUCAGAGAGAAGGCAUUGCCCUCAAAUUGCCCUUGAAGCGCUGCACAAUAGGACCGCAUAUGGAGCAGAAUGAAAUCGAGUUCGAUAUUGCAGUCGAGGCGAUAGAGAACGAGAAAAGAGUUUACCAACGUCUGGGUAAACACCAUAGCAUUGUCGAUUGUCUUGAUAUAUCUGGUGUUGGCAUCCAGUUGGCUCUGAUGGAACAUGGGAAUUUACAGGACUACCUCACACAAAACCAGCCUUCAGCGUCAAUCCUGCUAGGCUGGUUCCGGGACAUGGCUCAAGCUCUCGUGCACAUACACGACAGGCGCGUCAUUGUUGCUGACAUCGCCACUCGAAAUUUCCUUGUGGACGUUAAUCGAUCUGUCAAGAUGUCAGAUUUUUCGGAAUCAUCUAUCUUGCCUCUCUCUACCGACAUGCAGACCGCUGACGAUUCUGGCUACUCUAUCUACACUGAUAUCGGCCAGCUGGGUACGGUGAUAUAUGAAGCUGUCACAAGACAGCCCUGCAGCUUUGAUCUAUUCAAAGGUCAGCCCCCUGGGCCUGCCACUGCUACCUGGCCCCAAAGAACAGACCUCCCGACUACGGACAACAUAUGGCUUGGUUCUAUCAUUGAAAGAUGUUGGACGAAAGGAGCGCUACGCGAUGCGCGCGAGUUAUCAGCAGUCUUAGAUUCUUUUAGUAUGGAUUGA